CUUAAAUAAAGGUGAAAGUGAAAUAUCUUAAAUUCCAUUAAUUGUGAGACCAUACAAACGUUUGAAGCUUUCGACGGCAUUCUAUUCGAUAUUUCAUACGGCUUUGCUAUUGUGCGUGUCCGCCUCCGUACUCUGUUAACAAAAAGCAUAUAAGCAUUUCGCGUGGAAUACGAAGUUUUAUGCUCGUCUGCAUAGAUUUUUUUGCUAAUUGCCAAUAGAGGUAUACAUAAUAGCACAUCAGGACAUCAAUAAAAUGAACAAAGAAAAGGAUUACGCUUCAGACUCGGAUGAAAGUGAUGAGGAUUUCCGUCCUGAGGGUGCCGGCGAGUCUGUCAGCGAAGAAGAGUCUAAUGGUGAUGACAGUGAAAGCGAGGAGCAACCAGAGGAAGGAGGCGGCGUUUCUACCAAACGGAAUGUCAGAAAAGGUAAAAAAUUGACAAAAAAGAUUGGUAAAAAGAGAAAAGCCCACAAAGAGGAGGACUCCGACGAUGAAGGUUCAAUAGAGAAGGGUCACAAUGUACAAGCAGGCAAGCGAAGUACACGGAGAACUGAGGGCGACCCCCAUACAAAUGGUGGUGGUAAAAGUAUUGAAAAAGACACUUUGGAUUCCGAUGAGGAAGACAAGUCCAGAACAAAUGCCUUAUGGGCAGACUUUCUAAAGGAUGUAAAGCCAGACGCUAAAGUGGAAAACAAAUCCAAUGGUUCCUCCGCGAGGAGUCAACAUAACCCAAGUACCUCAAAUAAUGGAAAACUUGAACAAAAUACUAAGACUAAAGAAACCAGUAUACAAAACAAAGAAGAACCCAAAAAGGUUACUGUAACCCAGGUUUUAGACUUUGCGGGUGAAGAGAUACGUGUGCAAAAUGAAAUCGAUGCUUCAAGUAUUAAAGAGAAUAAGGCUGCCGCUACCUCAGCACCAAAAAUGCAACCAUUCGGACGCAUUAUGCCGGGAGCCGGUCUCAAGAGAUCAGCAGUGGGUUCAUCUUCGGGCGGAGGACUUGGUUCUCUGCUCAAUCAAAUAGGCAAGAAGAAGAAAAUUUCAGUGCUGGAAAAAUCCCAAAUGGAUUGGAAAAGUUUCAAAAGUGACGAAGGCAUUGAGGAAGAAUUGCAGACAUUCAAUAAAGGCAAGGAUGGCUAUUUGGAACGUCAAGACUUUUUGCAACGCACCGACUUGAGACAAUUCGAAAUUGAGAAAAAUCUAAGACAAUCUUCAAGGCGUCCUCUCUGAAUAUGUCUACAUCUAAUCGGAUGUACUGCAUAAUGUACUCAAUUCAACUGAUCAGGUAUAAGUAACUACUAAACUAUAGUCCUUAGCUUACAUACAAUACAUAUGCGCAUACCUUAUUAUUAACAAGAAGAAAAUGGAAAAGUUAAGGUAGUCCUCUUUCAAUUGUACAUUAAUUUCAAUGUAUGUAUGUCAUUUUUAUUAUUAUUUCUUUCAUAAUUAUUAUUCGAAAUAUUCCAUAAUUUUAAUUAUACAUACCAUCAAUUCAGAAUGUCUAUUUCUCAUAUAAUACAUUUGUGU